CUCAAUUCCCGCAAGCACCCCUGACUCCAUCCUGCAUCCAGACAGCUUACCUAGAACCCCCCUUCCCUCUUUACACUCCAAACUCAAGCCGGGACAGACUGAAGCCGCUGCUGCCUCCCCCUCCCCUCACACACACGAGUUUUGGACAACAGCUGGAGGCCAACAAAGUCUGUAGAGGUGGUGCUCGGGUGAUGUGCUAACCAUGACCGGGUGUUUUCCAGUCGCUAGCCUGCGGUGCCUUUCUAGGGACGGCGGGAUGGCUGCGCAGGGCGCCCCGCGCUUCCUACUCACCUUUGACUUCGACGAGACCAUCAUGGAUGAAAACAGUGACGACUCCAUCGUGCGCGCCGCCCCAGGCCAGCAACUACCGGAGAGCCUCCGUGCCACCUACCGCAAGGGUUAUUACAACGAGUACAGGCAACGGGUCUUCAAGUACCUGGGCGAGCAGGGCGUGCGGCCGAGGGACCUGCGCGCCUUCUACGAGGCCAUCCCCCUGUCACCAGGCAUGAGCGACCUGCUGCAGUUCGUAGCCAAGCAGGGCUCGUGCUUCGAGGUGAUCCUCAUCUCGGAUGCCAACAUGUUCGGUGUGGAGAGCGCCCUGCGCGCCGCGGGCCACCACAGCCUGUUCUGUCGCAUCCUCAGCAACCCAUCCGGGCCCGACGUGCGAGGACUGCUGUCGCUGCGUCCCUUCCACACACACAGCUGCAUGCGCUGUCCCGCCAACAUGUGCAAGCACAAGGUGCUCAGUGACUACCUGCGUGAGCGCGCCCGCGACGGCGUGCAGUUCGAGAGCCUCUUCUACGUGGGCGACGGCGCCAACGACUUCUGCCCCAUGGGGUUGCUGGAGGCCACGGACGUGGCCUUCCCGCGCCGUGGCUACCCCAUGCACCGCCUCAUCCAGGAGGUGCAGAAAGCCGAGCCCAGCUCCUUCCGUGCCCACAUGGUGCCCUGGGAGUCGGCAGUGGACGUGCGCCUCCAUCUGCAACAGGUGCUCAAGACGUGCUGGGAACAGCCACUGCCGCCGCCGCCCGAGCCGGGUCGGGGACCCGGAGUUGGGGGGAAGCCAGCGGUGCCACCGCAAGCCCUCCGCUACGGCGCUCUACACCUUCUGCCCUCCUCCCAUUCCCCACUCCGCCAGCCAGCCUCCAAGGAAGAACGAGCCAGAGGGAACAGUCGCCUCCUGGUAGUAGUACGAGGUAGCGCACUAACCACCCAGGUGGGUAAAGCCCACCUGGGACCUCUGAAAGAGCGACUACAUCUCCUCACACCGCAUCAAGCCUCAUCUAUCCAGCAAGAAGAGACCAAGAACUUUACCAAAGGAGUCCCUGCACACCCCCCCUCCAAUACGGAACAGAAAGCCAUGACGAUUUUUAAGCAGAGCCAGGGAAGCCCAAGCCCCGCCACCCUCUGA